AUGUCUCUUGUGGAAAGUAUUCAGAGGACGUUUGAUCGCCCAAAUAUGCCAUGGAAAUCCAUUGUAACUGCUUUCACGCUGGGCCAGUUCUGCUUCGAGACGUACGUGACGUUUCGUCAGUAUCGCACUUUGAGCAAGAAGCAGCUUCCUAAAGUACUGGAGGGCGAGAUUGAGGAGGAAACCAUGCAGAAGGCGGAGAAGUAUUCGCGAGCCAAAGCCAAGUUCUCCAUCUUCUCUGACGUUCUGGGUCUCCUGCAAAACCUUUGUAUUUUAAAGUUCGAUUUGUUGCCCCGCUUUUGGCACAUGGGUCAGGCGCUCGCGCAGAAGCUUCCGCUAAAAGUUGCUGCGGGCUCUACAAUUGGCCAGAGUUUGCUGUUCUUGACGGUGCUCACCAACAUCUCCUCCCUUCUAGACCUCCCACUCUCUUACUACCAGCACUUUGUCUUAGAAGAGAAGUUUGGCUUCAACAAGCUGACGCUGAAAUUGUGGAUCACUGACAAAAUCAAAGGCACUAUUCUGAGCGCUGCGAUCGGUUUGCCCUUGCUGUAUGCCUUCUUGAAAAUCUUCGACGCUUUCCCCACGAACUUCUUGUGGUACAUCUGCUCCUUCAUCCUGGCAGUGCAAGUUCUAGCAAUGGUGCUGGUACCUGUCUACAUUAUGCCACUUUUCAACAAGUUCACGCCACUUGAGGACGGCGAACUCAAGAGCUCGAUCGAGGCUCUGGCUAAGCGCGUGGGCUUUCCACUCGAUCAAAUUUUCGUGGUGGACGGCUCCAAGCGUUCAUCCCACUCCAACGCCUACUUCACUGGUCUGCCCUUCACUAGCAAACGUAUAGUUCUCUAUGAUACUCUGGUCAAGGACGCAUCGGUGGACGAGAUAACCGCCGUUUUGGCACAUGAGAUCGGCCACUGGCAAAAAAAUCACAUUCUGCGCAUGCUUGCGUUCAGCGAGGUGCACAUCUUUUUCAUUUUCUCUCUCUUCAGCGCUGCUUACCAAAACAAGUCGCUGUAUUCUGCAUUUGGCUUCUACGUGGGCAACAUUGCAUCAACUAAGCCCUCGAUCGUGGUCACCCCUCAGCUACCUAUUCUGAUUGGGUUUAUGCUGUUCAACGACCUGCUCCAGCCCCUAGACUGCGUCUUGAACUUCGGCAUCAACCUGUUUUCUAGACUGCAUGAGUACCAGGCAGACGCCUACGCUAAGAAGCUGGGCUACACCAAGGACCUUUGCCAUGCUCUAAUCAACCUGCAGGUCAAGAACCUGUCGACCAUGAACGUUGAUCCAUUGUACUCGAGCUAUCACUACUCGCACCCAACCUUGCCCGAGAGACUGGAGGCUUUGGACUACGCUACCGAGAAGAAGGAAAAAUAA